AUGGUCUCGGAAACCACCCCUCUUCAGAGACCCAUUGACUACGAAGACGAGGAGUUCAGCUGGUUUGGGCGGCUCAUGAUCCGCAUUGGAUCAUCCAAACGGCUGCUCUGGGGUCUCGGCCUGAUAAUCGGACUGCCGAUCGUGUGUUUUCUAUUGGUCUUCUUGCCUAGUCUAGCACCCCCAUCUGCAGACAUCCCCGACCUGAUCAAAGUUGGAAGAUUGCCUGUCUAUUUACAUCCCCUGAUCCCUCCAAAGGACCCCAAAGUGGCGCAUUAUGGGACAACCAAUGAUAACUACAACGAUCCAGAGUCGCCUAUUAAAAACGUGCCCAAUUUUGAGAAAUGGAGCCUGCUCGACAAGGAUACCAAAUUGUUCCGGAGACAUUUUCGAAAGCUGGAGACUGCAGCUUCCCAGAGGCCUGCGAAACGGCUCAUCCUCAUCGGCGACGUGCACGGAUCGCUGUAUGAGCUGCAGAAACUCCUUAAGCACGUCAGAUAUGACGGCGGACGCUACGAUCAUGUUGUUCUGCUGGGCGAUUUCCUGGCCAAAGGCAAGAACUCGCUCGGAGUGCUGGAGUACGCAAUUCAGAACCGCAUCGACUGCAUUUUGGGGAACCACGAAUGGGAGGUUCUGAAACGGUAUGUGCAGUACCACGGUCUUCCGAGCCUUGGCUUUAACGAGUCGAAAAAUGAGGUGAGCGCAACAGAGCAGUACGACUUGGAUGAGCAGAUGCGGAUCGCAAAACGACUGAUGCCCGAACACAUUGACUAUAUUUCCAGGUGUCCACUUAUCAAGGAGCUGGGCCCUGUUCCGAGAAUGACAAACAAAAAACAGACCAAGUACGCCUCCAUUCCGGCAAACGGAGUGGCUGUCCACGGCGGGCUGGUGUGGAGCGUCGAGGAUCUGCAGGAUCAGGACCCAGAGGCAGUUCUGACGAUGCGCAACCUGCUGCCUCCAGAUUACACCAUUCCGACGGAAAACCGUCACGAGAUGGUCGACGGGAAGAAAUCGAAGCCGUGGACACGGUUCUGGACACAGCGCCAGCACGAAGUGGUCGCGAAUGCGAGCGUUGACGCAUUCGUUGCGGGCACGAAAGUGUACUACGGACACGAUGCCAAGAGAGGCGUGACUUUCCGCGAGUUCAGCACGGGACUGGACUCUGGGUGUGUCUACGGGGCCCAGCUCAGUGCGGAAAUCAUCUGGAGCGAGGUGGUGAGUACAAAGAGCGAGCAUCGCAUAGUCUACAGAAGAAUGUUCACCCAGGUCAAUUGCUAA